AUGUCUCGUCUCGAGGCCAAAGACGCCAAAGACGCCCAAGACUCGAUAUUUUGGCCUCGACCACCACCACCGCCACGCCUGCCUCCCAUUGACCGUCCAACUCUCCUCUGCCUCAGGCCUCCGACCGCCGACACACCCCGUCGCUCCCUCUCUACCCACAGGGCUGCCGCUGCUGCCGCCGCCGCCGCCGCCACGACCAUGGACGACACGCGACCCCUCGCCUCGCUGUCCCUGACCCACGUCUACUAUACCGCGACAGACGACAGCAACAACAGCAGCAGCAGCAGCAGCAGCCCGCCCUACCGCUCGCGCGCCCUGUCCCGCGCCGAACGCGCCGUCGCCGCCCUCGUCGCCGUCGCCACCGCCGCCGCUGUCGCCUGGAGCAGGGUCUACCUCGGCUACCAUACGACGAAGCAGGUCCUCGUCGGCCUCGCCGCCGGCGCCGCCUGCGCCGUCGCCUGGUUCGCCGCCACAACACACGCCCGCGACGUCGGCCUCCUCGCCUGGGUCCUGCGGUGGCCCGUUGUGCGCUGGUUCCGCGUCCGCGACCUGCUGCUCGAGGAGGACUUUUGCCAGGCCGGUUGGGAGCGCUGGGAGGAGAAGCGCCUGCGUGAGGACGACGCGCUGGUCCGCCAGGGGAAGGCCAAGAAGAGGUGA